AUUUGAUCUCGCUGACCGACUCGGAGAGGCCAUAAUCUCACACUCGUAUGUAUACUCUAGGUCAAUUACUCGGCGCUGGACUUCAAAUCUUCGUGCCUCACAGUCCGCGGUGAUUCUCCAACAUGACCUCCGAUGCACAACUCAUUGCUAAUGAGACAACCGAGCGGUGGGAUCUUCGACAUUCCGUUGGGUCAUGGUUUCUUGACUGGCCAAAUCAAGAGCAUUGUCGAUGUCCCAGCGGACGACCCGCGCCGAAUCCUUACACGGUUCAAGAUUCAAUCACAACGUGCAGACUCGCGCACUUGCCAUCCGCGUCACUGUGGACAAGAAGGGCGUAACUCCCUCGCAAUCGCCUGGGCCACCCAACUCGGUCCUCAAGUCGUGCCUCUGCCCGGGAUGUUGACGAAGAAACGCACUUUGUAGAACCUGUCUGGCGGGGAGUCGGGGACGUCGUCUUGGGUCUGGGUGAAUCAUUCAGUGGUCGAGUCAAUGUGAACCCUCUGGUUCGGAUGGCAAGCAUCACGAAGAAAUAUGUAGGCUUGUAAUUUAGGUGAGACUGUUAUUGCCGCACAGUAAGAUGCAUUCACGGCUCACAAUAACUGAUACGCCUCCAAUGUAUUGUCCUCGCCUCGAAUUCUCCAGUGUAUCUCGGGAUUACAUCGCGAGUGAUGGGUACUACUGGCGGCAGUGCAAGUUCUGGUUUCGAUCCGAUUCGGCACAUCAAUGUCACAAUACAUGACUCUGGCGGGUGCGCAUUCACACAAACGGCGACAUGCCGACCGAGCGCGCGUACGACGAACAGCUCAUGACCGCUGCACGCUUCAGGCUGAC